AUGGUCAACGCGACUCCCGAUAUGGCAAGGUACUGCUGUGCAGUUAUACACAGCAAGUUGCGGGGGGAGAAGACUCCUGAGCCCCCAGCUAGCAUUACAAACGAGCCCAGCCCCAUUUUUGUUUCCUUGAAGACUCUGGACGGCGACUUGCGCGGGUGCAUUGGCAACUUCUCGGCUGAACCGUUGCACAAGCAGCUCAGGGACUACGCGGUCGCUGCGGCAUUUCAAGAUAACAGGUUUCCUUCAGUCACUCUCGCAGAGCUUCCUAUGCUCAGUUGUUCGGUCUGCCUGCUUCACUCGUUUGAGAAGGCCCACAGAUGGGACGACUGGGAAAUUGGCGUUCAUGGGAUAAGGAUCCGGUACAAGAACUACAGUGCAACGUACCUUCCCUCUGUAAUGCCCGAGCAAAGGUGGGAUCAUAUUCAGGCAAUCCGAAGUCUGAUGAGGAAGGCCGGAUGCGGAGAAGAGGUUUCAGACGCCAUUCUUAACGAAUUGGAUGUAACGCGCUAUCAGGAAAGCAAGAGUACUGUAGCCUUCAAAUCGGCCAACCUUGGUUCACUACCUUGCUGA